AUGAAGAAUAAGACUCCAAAUGAUGAUGAUGAUGAUGAUGAUGAUGAUGAUGAUGAUGAUGAUGAUGAUGAUGAUGAUGAUGAUGAUGAUGAUGAUGAUGAUGAUGAUGAUGAUGAUGAUGAUGAUGAUGAUGAUGAUGAUGAUGAUGAUGAUGAUGAUGAUGAUGAUGAUGAUGAUGAUGAUGAUGAUGAUGAUGAUGAUGAUGAUGAUGAUGAUGAUGAUGAUGAUGAUGAUGAUGAUGAUGAUGAUGAUGAUGAUGAUGAUGAUGAUGAUGAUGAUGAUGAUGAUGAUGAUGAUGAUGAUGAUGAUGAUGAUGAUGAUGAUGAUGAUGAUGAUGAUGAUGAUGAUGAUGAUGAUGAUGAUGAUGAUGAUGAUGAUGAUGAUGAUGAUGAUGAUGAUGAUGAUGAUGAUGAUGAUGAUGAUGAUGAUGAUGAUGAUGAUGAUGAUGAUGAUGAUGAUGAUGAUGAUGAUGAUGAUGAUGAUGAUGAUGAUGAUGAUGAUGAUGAUGAUGAUGAUGAUGAUGAUGAUGAUGAUGAUGAUGAUGAUGAUGAUGAUGAUGAUGAUGAUGAUGAUGAUGAUGAUGAUGAUGAUGAUGAUGAUGAUGAUGAUGAUGAUGAUGAUGAUGAUGAUGAUGAUGAUGAUGAUGAUGAUGAUGAUGAUGAUGAUGAUGAUGAUGAUGAUGAUGAUGAUGAUGAUGAUGAUGAUGAUGAUGAUGAUGAUGAUGAUGAUGAUGAUGAUGAUGAUGAUGAUGAUGAUGAUGAUGAUGAUGAUGAUGAUGAUGAUGAUGAUGAUGAUGAUGAUGAUGAUGAUGAUGAUGAUGAUGAUGAUGAUGAUGAUGAUGAUGAUGAUGAUGAUGAUGAUGAUGAUGAUGAUGAUGAUGAUGAUGAUGAUGAUGAUGAUGAUGAUGAUGAUGAUGAUGAUGAUGAUGAUGAUGAUGAUGAUGAUGAUGAUGAUGAUGAUGAUGAUGAUGAUGAUGAUGAUGAUGAUGAUGAUGAUGAUGAUGAUGAUGAUGAUGAUGAUGAUGAUGAUGAUGAUGAUGAUGAUGAUGAUGAUGAUGAUGAUGAUGAUGAUGAUGAUGAUGAUGAUGAUGAUGAUGAUGAUGAUGAUGAUGAUGAUGAUGAUGAUGAUGAUGAUGAUGAUGAUGAUGAUGAUGAUGAUGAUGAUGAUGAUGAUGAUGAUGAUGAUGAUGAUGAUGAUGAUGAUGAUGAUGAUGAUGAUGAUGAUGAUGAUGAUGAUGAUGAUGAUGAUGAUGAUGAUGAUGAUGAUGAUGAUGAUGAUGAUGAUGAUGAUGAUGAUGAUGAUGAUGAUGAUGAUGAUGAUGAUGAUGAUGAUGAUGAUGAUGAUGAUGAUGAUGAUGAUGAUGAUGAUGAUGAUGAUGAUGAUGAUGAUGAUGAUGAUGAUGAUGAUGAUGAUGAUGAUGAUGAUGAUGAUGAUGAUGAUGAUGAUGAUGAUGAUGAUGAUGAUGAUGAUGAUGAUGAUGAUGAUGAUGAUGAUGAUGAUGAUGAUGAUGAUGAUGAUGAUGAUGAUGAUGAUGAUGAUGAUGAUGAUGAUGAUGAUGAUGAUGAUGAUGAUGAUGAUGAUGAUGAUGAUGAUGAUGAUGAUGAUGAUGAUGAUGAUGAUGAUGAUGAUGAUGAUGAUGAUGAUGAUGAUGAUGAUGAUGAUGAUGAUGAUGAUGAUGAUGAUGAUGAUGAUGAUGAUGAUGAUGAUGAUGAUGAUGAUGAUCGUUUAAGUCAAUGA